AUGUUCUCAGCAGGAAAGCUGCGUUCUCAUCCCGAGCCAGCUUUUUGCAUGGUUUGCGGCCUCAGGGAGGGGGAGGAUAAGUGGCUCAAAGCAAUGACCAAUCCCAGGCAGGACCCCUGGUAUAGGUCGCUCGGGAGUGAGAUACAGAAUGGAACGGACGUGUAUCUCUUUCAUGAGCAGCCAUGCUGGGAUCAUCUCUUGGAACAUUUCGGCCCUGACAAACUUCAUUUGGCCAGUCUCUUUGAGGCAUUGGAGCGUUUACCACUCCCGAGAGACUAUACCUUUCCUUCAUAUGCUUCAUUACCAGGCAGGAUAGGUCUAUGUAAGUGGGUUGGAACGAAAGACGACCGACAUGAAUUCCCCAUCCUCCCUGGCCGGUUUCCCCUUCCGAGUCUGGAAGAGCUGAUGCGGUUCGCAAAAAGCCCUCCCAAGCCCUUGUCAAUUAUCGCGCAAAGGCCCGUCAGCCAUCCAAUAGAUGGUUUCGGACACCUCUCAUUUGACAUUCUUGUGAUUAUAUCAAGCGUGCUACAGACAAAGGAGGCUCUAGACCUACGGCGUGUGACACGAGCUGCAAUCCCACUUUUUGCCAGCUCACAAUUCUGGAGAACGCGAUUUGCCAUCGACGGAGAACGUGGCUUUCUCCGCCCCAUAGUCCGGAGAUUCUCCCCGCCGGAGGGCGAUCAUGGGAUCGACUGGAGACUCCUGUACCAUUGCACUGCCCGUUUGAACUGUAGUGAUUGGUUUGAAAUAGAGAUUCGGGCCUGGGAAACCUUGCGCUGGCUUCGAGACACAGCUUCGGCUAUACACCAUGGGAGGCCACCCCUGCAGCAUUAUCACAAUACCACCCGUCGGAACACAUUCAUUGAGUCCGUCGAGAUAACAUCGUCGUUAUGCAAGAUUGCUAUAUCUGCGCUCCAAGAAGCAGGAGAAGUGAACAUCACCGGGAUCGAGUUUAUCUUUGAUGAUGGUCGUCCCAGCGCCAUGCUUGGCUACUCUACGCCUGGAGCGCAGCGGAUGACACGCAAGAAAUAUGCACGAAAACAACGUAGAGGCCCUUUCGAUGCCCAUAAGCAGUGGCCAUAUCCAGGUGUUCGGGUGACGAUGGAUGUCGUCGGUCUACGUGGGAUCGUGUACCUCAAAGAUGCGAACGGGAUCCACGGCGUUGCUAUAUACCAUGGUGGAGAGGAGUUUGACGACAUUGAUGACACUCUCCAUGUUGGUCUUGAGGCACAUUACCAGGACGAACAAGAGCCGGUUGCAUAUUCUGUCUCCCUGGACAAGGUCGAAAAGGUCAUUGCAGUAGUUGAUAACCGCAAGAUGAUUGACCUGGGAAUUUCCGGGACGACAACGAAGCGGUCUGAAUACGUUGAGGAUGAGUGGGAUGAUGUUGUGCAAUGGUAUAAACAAGAUAAUGCCUUCCUUCUCAAAUCCAUGUGA